UAGGAAAGGAAGGAUCGUAAUCGACAGCACAGUAAGCUACAAACAUGGCCGCCGCGAUGGCCAUGCGGGGUUACAGGUUGUGUUUCCGUCUUUGUAAGAUUUCGCCCCAAAAUGCGAUAUGCGAGAGAUUAUGCAGUCAAGUCUCGGGCCCUGUUACCGCCUCUCCGGUUUUAGGCGAAGAAACUGCCGCCAUUGUGGCAACCAGGCCGCCUCUGCCCCUGAUCACAAACCGCAAGCUCGCCUACCCUCCGAAGUUCACGCAAUGCCGGGAGGCGUGGGUCGAAAACCUGGAUACCGUCGAGUCCGAGAAGCUUGGCCUUGUGCCCCUCCACCCCAAAAUUUUUGCGGGUUUUCCAAGAAUCGACACAUUGCACUGGAACAUUCACUGGCAAAAGAAUUACCAGAGAGUUGACUGGGCUACGGCCAAACGCGGGCAGAGAGGCGGGGCGGCGGACGAAAACCGUGGCCAGAAAGGCACGGGAAGGGCACGUCACGGCAGCAUUCGGGCGCCCCAGUGGAAAGGAGGCGGAGUAUCCAUGGGGCCGCGGGGACCGAGGACCUACUUCUACAUGCUUCCCUUUUUCCGGCGCGUCGAGGGUCUCAUCACGGCACUCUCGGUGAAGUUUGCACAGGACGACCUGAAGAUUGUGGAUGCCCUUGAACUGCCCUCUGACGAUCCUAAGUUUCUCCAGAACCUUGUGGAAGAAAGAGUAUGGGGCCCAUCCGUUCUCUUUGUGGACAACACCGACUACGUUCCCAAGAACAUUGCCGUUGCCUGCGACCAGAUCAAGCAUAUGAACAUCAUGCCCGUCUACGGCCUUAACGUACACAGCAUGUUGAAGUACGACACACUGGUGCUUACGUUGUCGGCGGCAGAAGAGAUUGAAGCCAAGCUGCUCUACCAGCUGAACAGAACCGACAUCAGAGAAGCGACUGCACAAGCAGGGAGCAAGAGAUACAUUUAGAUUUAAAUGCGUGUUAACCACACUUGUUGAGUAGUAGUACGGACGGUAAAAAAUAAAGUGUGCGAAGUUUUCAGUUUUGGUGGGUUACAAUUUAGUUUUAGUGACACAAUAAAAAUACACCACACAGGUGAAUCUGGUGGUGUUCUUGCA